GAAAGUGGACGUUCCGUUUCUGGAUAGUACGAAUUAAAACGUAUUGUUCGAGUGAUAAAAAUGGCACACUCGUUGACAACUCCAGAGAAACUUAUGGUUGCUGCAAUAGACUUCGGAACAACAUUUUCUGGAUAUGCAUUCGCUUUCCGAAAUGACUAUGUUAGAGAUCCGCUGAAAAUCCAUGGUAAUCAAUGGAACGUGGGUUCCCAGGCUGGAGUAUCCCUCAAGACUUCGACCUGUGCACUGUUUAAUCCACAGGGCGAGUUUGAUUCCUUUGGGACUCAGGCUGAAGACAAAUACAGCGACUUGGCUCUGGAUGAACAACAUUUGGACUGGUACUACUUUAGGCGAUUCAAAAUGAGUCUGUACAAUAACCAGACUGUGGCUCGAGACUUGGAGAUAGAAGACGAUAAGGGUAAUAGACUUCCUGCCAUGAAGGUGUUUUCUGCCUGCAUAAGAUAUCUUCGCCAACACAUGAUGGAGGCCUGCAGCUCUAGACGAGUGGAUAUUGAAGAGGACGAAAUGCAAUGGGUUCUCACAGUCCCUGCGAUUUGGACGGACAGUGCCAAGCAGUUCAUGAGAGAGGCCGCCACAAGGGCCGGUAUCCGUAGCGAUCUCCUCCUUAUUGCACUGGAGCCAGAAGCGGCAUCAAUAUACUGCAAGCACCUGCCAGUCAACAAAGUAGAGGGUGACUUCAAAAAGACUCUGGACUCUUUCUCUCCUGGAACAAAGUACCUAGUGUUAGAUGCCGGUGGUGGAACAAUCGACAUUACGGUGCAAGAGGUACAACCUGGUGGCCUUCUUCGAGAGGUUUACAAAGCGAACGGCGGGGACUGGGGUGGAACAAAAGUGGAUGAAGCUUUCAUGGAAUUUCUCCGUGAUAUCGUUGGAGAGGGAGUUAUGAAUCGUUUUAAAACAGAACACCGAUGUGAUUAUGUGGAAUUGUGUCGUGACUUUGAGAUCAAGAAAAGGACAAUAACGCCAGAAAUGGAUCAGAAAAUUACAUUCAAAAUUCCAAUAGCGAUCAACGAACUUUAUCAAGAAAUGAAGGGAAAAUCCCUCAGAGAUGCCAACGUCAUGGGCAACAAGUAUGGAAGCCACAUUGCUUGGAUAGGGGAUAAACUGAGAGUUAAUUCUGAAAUUGCCAAAGGUUUAUUCAAAGUGACCUGCGCCUCAAUUGUGGAACACGUUUACAUGAUUUUCCAACAAGAAGAAGUAGACAAUACCGAUGUUAUUCUUAUGGUGGGUGGGUUUUCUGAAUCACCCAUGCUAAGAGCAGCAGUCAAAGAAAAAUUUCGAGACAAAAGGGUUAUCAUUCCAAUGGAAUCUGGUUUGUCUGUGCUUAAAGGCGCUGUCCUGUUCGGUUUCAACACCACAGUCAUUGCCUCAAGAAUUUGCAAGUACACUUAUGGCAUAAAUAUUUUAGAUGAUUUCAGACGAGGAGUUGAUCCCGACGAUAAAAUGAUAGUGAUAGAGGAGAGGAAAUUGUGCAAAGAUAGGUUUAGUAAGCAUGCUGAUGUUGGUCAGUCCAUGGAAGUGGGAGAGGCAACAGAUGAAAUUAUUUAUCGUCCAACCACGGCCGACCAGACCAAGAUCUUACUUGAGGUCUUCGUAACAGAGGAUCUUAACCCUGUUUAUACCGACGACCCUGGGUGUACAUGCCUGGGAAGCCUUACCGUGGCGAUUCCUGAUACCACGGGAGGACUGAAGAGGAGAAUAGGUGUCAAACUCAUUUUUGGUGGAACUGAGCUCUCUGUGGAAGCCAGAAUACUGAAGAUCAAAAAGAUUGGAAAGACUGGAAAGAUUGAGGAGACUGGAGAUAUUGAAAAGACGACCAGUGCCGUCCUUGAUUUCCUGAAUCACGAGAUGUAGUAUGAUGGAGAUGGAUGGUGCACAUGUCAAUUGAUGUACAUGUAGUAAACCUUACGAUGUAUGGCUUUGUUGGUUAUAUUGUGAUGUUUUAAUGGUAAGAUAUUUAUUUUUAUUUUCCUGAUCAUCAAGAAACGUAUGAACGUAUAUGUAAUCCAUGAUUUAAUAUGUAAAGCUUAAUAUGGCUGUAGAUCUUAGUUGAUCAAGGGGCAACAGUAUACUGCACAUACCCCCCCCCCCUUCCCCACUAGUUGUAUGUAAUGUGGCAAAAUGAAAAUUAAACUUUGAGAAAUAGGGAGAUAUAUAGGUCUCUCUGGUUACUCGAGAUAAAUGUGUGGAUUUAUUCAAAAACAAAAGUGAUGUAUUUAGCUUUGAGUGGAAGCUGACAUAUAAUAAAUACCCUAUAUAAUUUGUAUAUGAUCUAGCAUAGUCGUAAUAUCUAACGCUGUCCGCCAUAUUUCUUAAAGUUAGGAACCUGAAGUUUACAGGUUGAAAAAUUUUCCAUUCUAUAAGAUGGCCGUUAGACCUGAAAAUAGUCCUUUUUCUCACAGAAUGGACAGUGUGAGGCAUGGGGCCUACUUGAGACAUUUCCUCUUUUGUGAUUUUGAUGUACUCUCAAAACUGUUUCUCCAUUUCAAUCCAACAUCCAUUGUAUUGAGCGAAACAUGUCUACUUCUUGAAUUGUCUUUAAUAGGUGAAGUGAUUCAUGGGGUUGUUUACCGAUACACAAAUAUAAUUCAUUGAACUUGUUAACUUAGUGGAUAGUUGCACGUAAGUUCUAUUUUCAACCGAAUAAAGAAUACAAGGCAUAAAAUUCAAACACCACUUCUCAGUGAUCGGGAAUGUUGAGAACAUGUCUUCUAAUGGAGAAAGUUUUUCCCGAUGCAAAACAAAUUUAACGAUGAUGAUUAAUCUAGUAAUAGUACGGAUGAAAUUCUAACUGAAACUUUGAAUUGGAGAGUGAGAUUGUCAAAAAGCCGAACUUUGACCUCAAAGUGAAACAUUUUAGCUCCCCUGACAGAUGACUCAAGUGAGUUUUGUUGAUCACAUUAUCAGGCAUCCACCUGUCCGUCUGUCUGCAAACUUAUUGUAACAUAUUCAAAUUCUGAAACAGGACUAGUUUCAGUCAAACUGGUCACAAAAUAUGCUUGAUAAAGUACGGUUUCUUCACGGAUCACUAGAUGUGAGUGGAGCUUAUCUAUGGUCAUUGUUAUCUACCUGGCCCAGAGAUCAGACGGUUGUGUAUACUUUUGAUAUACACAGGAAGUGUCUUUGGGCCUUCCGUAGAGUUUCCGUGGUCAAAGUGUUUAUACAUGUAUAACGGUGGUACAUGUAGCUGACACACAGUCUCUCUCUCUCUCUCUCUCUCUCUCUCUCUCUCUCAUUGGCUCAAUGAAAGAUUUCCAUUUACAAAUGUAUAAAUAUUAAGCUAUUGUAAUUUAUUUCAUUAAGUUGUAUGUUUUAGAAAUUAAUGUGCAAAUUAUAGUUUGAUAUCUGGUUGUGUAAUUUAUAAUACUUCUAUAUAGAUGAGAGAGAAAAUAAAAUGAUAAAUUGCAUUGUU